CGAUCUGCCCAUCAUAUCCUGAGUGUUCCGCGAAGGGAGGGGAGAUUAUUUCCAAGGCGGUUAAUUGUUUGUUGUGGAGCCUGCCAAUUGAAUCGAACUUGAAUUUGUGAAGUGCUGAUGAGCUGCUUAAGAGGGUCAGAAUGAUCAAUGGAAGUUUGAAAGAAGGAGAUUGUCUGAGAUGUUAUCAAAUCUUCCCCAUCCGUCGGUUAUUGAUGCUCUGUUGUGGGCGAUUGACUUCUGGACUGAUAAAGGGGUUCGAGGUAUUGCGGUGAAGAAGCAGGGGAAAGAUCCUAAGUUACUGCGGGGUAAGAUUGAGCUAGGUUGGUUAUCUGUUCCCUUGGAGACUGUUCUUGCCUUCGUGAAAUUUGAAUUGGAACAUACCUUUGUCUCGACGUCUGGAGUAAUUCUUCGGCAGACCUUGGGAAUCCCGAUGGGAAAGUCUUCUAGUCCAGCCCUUGCCUGCUUGUUUUGCUCUUAUAAUGAGUUCGUUUUCUUGACUAGCCUUGGUGUAGAUAGGAAGUUCUUUCAAGGCUUUCGUUUGGUCGAUGAUGUGUCCAUAUUUGUGAUAAUCAAGAAGAAAGGUGGGGUUGAGAAGGAUAGAGCGGAGCAGAUGAUCCGGCUAUUCGAGGGUUGCUAUGACAAGAACCUCGUUCUUGAGAAGACGAACGAAGGGAUUCUAUGGUCGUACCUGGGAUGCAUUUUGGGUGCCCGGCGAGAUGAUUCUGGAAUUGUGUGCUGUCCCACCAUCAAGAACCUGUUGAGCGGAGGGGGUGAUGAUUUGGUUUUUCAGAGCAUACAGGAUUUCUCAUCUUACUCUAAUAGUCAGCAAAAGUCCGUUGUUAUCUGCUCCUUUCUGUAUCGUGCGAAGAUGUACUCUACCAAUGAUGAGUUGGCUUUUCCUCUCCUUGUGUCCCUCAAGUAUGAGUUGUGGAAGCGUGAUUAUCCGGAUGAAUUGUUUGAUAGAGCCUUGCUGCAUUUCUCAAAGAAGCAUGGGGGUUUGUGGAAGAGGUGGCUGCCGCUGCUGACCAGAGUUGAAAGUUCCGCUGCUUUUGCGGAUAGCGUGUUUAUGGCUCUUGCGAUCCAUUACAGGUCUGUGGUUCGAAUCCCUUACUUCUCUGGUGCCUACGAUGACCUACCUGCAAGUGGCUAUCCUACAGGUCACAGGUUCAAGUCCUACAACUACACAGAUAUUGUACACAGGUGCCUGCUCAUUCCUGUUCGAGAGAUCAAGGUCGAGUGUUCGAUUCCCCGCGACGACGGAAGUCUGUCCUCCUACGUUGGCUUUCGCAUCCAGCACGACAAUGCGCGCGGCCCUAUGAAGGGUGGUAUUCGAUAUCACCACGAAGUGCACAACGAUGAAGUCAACGCGUUAGCGCAGCUGAUGACGUGGAAGUGUGCGGUGGCCGACUUGCCCUUCGGCGGCGCGAAGGGCGGCAUCACCUGCGACCCGACGCAGAUGUCCCGAUCGGAGCUGCAGCGACUGACACGUGAGUUCAUCUCGAAGAUCCACGACGUGAUCGGCGAUUCCCGGGACAUCCCGGCGCCCGACCUGGGUACCAACCCUCAGAUAAUGAGCUGGAUUGUUGACGAAUACAGUAAAUACAACGGGCACAGGCCUGGAGUGGUCACGGGCAAGCCCCUGGAACUUGGGGGGUCCUUGGGUCGCGACGCGGCGACCGGUCGUGGACUCGUUCACGCCGCCAAUGCGUUUCUUGCGGAGGACCAGAUGUCGUUGAAGGGGCAGGCUUGCGCAAUCCAGGGGUUCGGAAAUGUGGGGUCCUGGUUUGCCAAGCUGGCACAUGCGGAGGGCGCCAAAGUUGUGGCCGUUAGCGAUUUCAGUGGGGGUGUUCGAUGCAGCGGCGCGGAUAAUAAUCAGGGGAAGGGGCUGGACAUCCCCUCCUUAGUCGCGCACGUGGAACAGACGGGCGGUGUGAUGGGCUUUCCCGGCGGAGAGGAGAUGAACAAGGACGAGCUUCUGUACGAGAAGUGCGACAUUUUGGUUCCCGCCGCGUUGGGCGGAGUGCUAGACAAGCAGAACGCGCCGCUGGUGCGCGCCAAGUACAUCCGCGAAGGCGCCAAUCAUCCCACAGAUGUGGAGGCCGAUGAAAUCUUCAAAAAGAGGGGCAUCAAAGUGCUGCCGGACAUAUACGCCAACUGUGGCGGGGUGACCGUCAGCUACUUCGAAUGGGUCCAGAACAUCCAGUGUUUCCGCUGGUCGGAAGAUCGAGUCAACGAAGAACUCCAGCGUUUCAUGACCAACUCAUAUCGUCAUUUGAAGCAAACGGGAAAAAGCUUCGGCUGCGACCCUCGAACGGCUGCAUUUGUGCUGGCAAUCCGCAGGGUUGCGGCAGCCACAAAGCUCAGGGGUAUUGGUGAGCAAGCCGGGAGAGACUUGUUUAUUGAUGGGCUUCGCAGUCGAACGAUAAGGGCAAAGCUGCGAAAACAGUUUUCCCCCAUCAAUCACACCCUGCAACAGAUCAUGGCCACUGUAGAGGAGAUGGAACGAAAGUUUGCGGCGAACUUCCUGGAAGGAGAAGACUAUCCUAAGGAAGGGGAUUCGUCCGAACUCGCCAGGGCAAGAGCUGAGUUGGCUGCGUUGCAGAACAAGUUCGAGAAUAUGGGAUUUGUGUCUGGCACGGUCACCUAUCUGGAACAGAUAGCUCCUAAACGACCCGCCCCGAGUGUGAUCACGAGUGUCCCCGUUCCUGUGAUACCAACACCUGUAAUGACGGCACGCCUGUCACCAACUGAGAAUCCGUGGGUUCGGUGUCCGAUGGGGAUCUGCAAUGCGCCUGCCACGUUUCAGCAAGCGAUGAACAUAACGUUCCAGAACUUCGUCAACAAGACACGGCUAACUCAGGGAAUGAUCAACUUCUGCGUGAUUGUAUACAUGGACGAUAUCCUUGUCUACUCGGAGACCUAUCACGGACAUGCACAACAUAUUGAGUGGACGUUGGGAGCGCUGAGAGACGCUGGGUUCAAGAUUGUACUCGAAAAGAGCGAAUUUUUCCUUUCGAAAAUUUCGUUCUUGGGUUACGUCGUGACACAUGGAGGAUUGCGGCCUGACUCGAGAAAGGUCGCGGCGGUGAGAGAAGCUCCAGCUCCCACGUCGUUGACGCAAGUUCGAGCCUUCUUGGGGCUGGCAUCGUACUAUCGUCGUUUCAUCAAAGGCUUCGCCACGAUUGCACGAGCACUAACGAACCUGUUACGAAAGGACCAGCCUCUCAGUUGCGACGCGGAGUGUGUGCAGGCCUUUGCGACCCUCAAAGACGUUCUGGCGACAGCGCCUAUUUUGAUCCGAACGGACCCCUCGAAACAAUUCAUUCUUAUCACGGACAGGCAACCGGAAGCUAUUUCAGCUAUUCUAGCACAGAAGGGGAACGAUGGUCGCGAAUAUGUCAUCGAGUACGCGUCGCGAACGGUGCCAGACGAACGGAGGAAUGACUCAGCACCCCAAGGCGAAUGCUAUGCAGUAGUUUGGGGAAUCCUGCACUUCCAUCCGUAUCUCUAUGCGCAGAAGUUCCGCCUCGUGACGGAUCACGAGCCUUUGCUGGCUUUGAAGAAACUCACUAAUUACACGGGCAUGAUUGGACGUUGGGCGGUGCGACUACAGGAGUACGACUUCGACAUCAUUCACCGGAAGAUAGAAAGACACGGCAACACGGACGGACUGACACGUCUGCAUCGGCCCGCUAAAGUGCCUAAGGGCGAGGAAAUCACUCCGUGGAAAGAGUCAGAACCGGCAAACGGGCCAAAGUACGGACUAGUGGCAGUUCUCCCACGUGGCAAGAAGCAAACCAGUGGCAAUGGGUGACGGAGGUAACCUCACUACCCCUCUUUCUCCCAUCUCCUCUUCAUCUCUUCUCUCCCUGCCUGAUAAAUUUUGUUAUUUUUG